AUGACCUCUUUGCUAGCCACAUUACUCAUUUUUAUUCGAUUAACUACGGUGUUUUCCCAGACUCUCGCUCAAUUCUAUUGCGCUGAUCAAGUCCAACGAUGCGCUGUGGCGAUCGAAGACUACGAAAAAGAUAUCAUGCAGAUCAAAGAUUCCGCUUUCCAGCAUUGCUUCAAACGACCAGCAUGCCUGGAAGAACGUCAGGCCUACAAUCGGUGCUUCAGAGAGUCACUCCGAGCGGUGAGAGCUCCAUUUAAUGGAGAUCUGGAAACUUUUGAUCAAUUUGCUGAGAUCGCGAAUCGCUAUCGUGCUUCUCUUGAUGGCUGCUUUUUGAAAUCCCCAAGCACUCCGAUGAGAUCUGAGUUUGGACCUGUAAUCGUUGAUGAAGACGCCGUUUACGCAAGAGCCAUUUAUUCAACGGAGUUCACCGAACGACUAUGGGGGCUUUCUGAAACGAAUCAACCUAGCCUCGAUACUAGAGGUGUUUGUCUCGUCAAGAAUUUUGCUCUUCGAGUUUUCGGCAGCGGAAUCAAUCGACUCGUUGGAUCAGCUGACCCUAAGCUAAACAACAUUGCAUCAUCUUGUAAUGUCGACGAAUACGAAUUCCUACAAUUGAUUGCUCAACGGGAUUAUGUAUUGCGACAAUGUGUUCAAGCUAUUCGUGUCCAAACUCCUUGUCGUCUUCAAGAUCAGAGUCGAUUGAGGGCUUGUAUUUGUGGCGCGAGAGAGGAGUUUGAAAAACAAAUGCUGCAAACAAUGUUGACUUGUGUAAGCCGAGAAGGACCAUCCAUUCCAAGUCGAGGAGAACCACUGCCGAGCCUCGAAACUUAUCCUAGAAGAGCUCCUACAAUUAAAAAAGAGAUCGAUCAUAUCUCUUCCGGCCUCUCGACCAGUUUCUCUCCAUAUUUUAUGAAUGCUGGAUCAAAAGCAUCUUUGAAAAAUGAAGCCAUGGAAAUUCGACAAGGUGAAAUCAUCAACGGUCAAUGUCUAUGUGCUUGUAAUAAAGAAAAGAAUCUUCUCGUGAAAAAACGAGAAGAACCACCGCAGAAUCGAGUUUUCGAACAACCGGAUGAGUUUUUAAUGGAUCGAGAACUUGCUGAACAAAACAAAGAGGAAGAAGAUUAUCCAUUCGUCUACGGAAGUCAAACCGACGAAAAACCAGCAUCAUUUCCUGUCUUGAAAGACACAAAUAAAACA